AUGGAAUUGUCAUUCAAGAAUCCUGCAACAAGACGACCUACAGAGGUUGAUGACGACAAAGAUCGUCGUUUAAUUAAACACAUAAUGACAGUUUGUCGAAAAUCAAAGGAGGACGAGAUUCCACAAUUGCUUAAAGAUAAAAUGCCUUCAAAAGAGAUUAUCGAACUGGUGUCUAGCAGCGAAGAAGAAGAAGAAGAUGAAAGAGAAAUAACGUAUGCAAUUGAAAAUGGAAUGUAUACAGAUGACAUGACGGACAUUGCAAGUAUAUCAAGCAUACAGUCAGAAGCUAGCUCAAGAGAAAGUGUUGAAGACAUAAAUAAUGAUGACUCCUGCUCUGAUCAAUUUGAAGAGCGGCAAUCAAGUGAUACCCAAGAUGAUGAUAGUAAGGAAAGAGUACGGUGGUUCUUGAAAGCAAUGGCUGAAUAUGACCACCCAAGUGUUGUGAUAUAUGAAUAA